UAUAUAGUUAUCAGAAGGUAAGCAUUAGAAACAAGAAGCAGGGGCUAAAGAAAGAGGCUUUGAAGCAGAAGAGCUAGCUCAAAAAUGGCCAUUACUAGCAUCGCAAUAGGAUCUCCAGCAGAGGCUGGCCAACCAGAUGCCCUCAAAGCAGCUCUCGCCGAGUUUAUUUCAAUGCUCAUCUUUGUUUUUGCCGGUGAAGGCUCUGGCAUGGCAUUUGGUAAGCUGACCAACAAUGGGUCAACGACACCGGCCGGCCUAGUAGCAGCUUCACUGGCUCACGCAUUGGCCCUGUUCGUGGCGGUUUCAGUGGGUGCUAAUAUUUCUGGUGGUCACGUAAACCCUGCUGUGACUUUUGGUGCCUUUGUCGGCGGCCACAUAACAUUAAUUAGAAGUGUUCUCUACUGGAUUGCCCAGUUGCUGGGGUCUGUGGUUGCUUGCUUGCUUCUUAAGUUUGCCACUGGUGGAUUGGAAACAUCUGCUUUUGCCCUGUCAUCUGGAGUUGGUGCAUGGAACGCAGUCGUUUUUGAGAUUGUUAUGACCUUUGGUUUGGUGUACACUGUAUAUGCAACAGCCGUGGAUCCAAAGAACGGAAACAUUGGGAUAAUUGCACCCAUUGCAAUUGGUUUCAUUGUGGGCGCCAAUAUCUUGGCAGGUGGUGCAUUUGAUGGUGCAUCCAUGAACCCAGCAGUCUCCUUUGGACCAGCUGUAGUCAGCUGGACAUGGGACAACCACUGGGUCUACUGGCUCGGUCCAUUCGUUGGGGCUGGCAUCGCUGCUGUUGUUUAUGAGGUCUUCUUCAUUAGCCCAAGCACACAUGAACAACUUCCUUCCGCUGAAUUUUAAGAAUUCAGAUUUUUCCUUUUUUUUUUUUUUGGCAUUUCUCUCUUGGUUUAUGUGAUGAGAGAAUGUUGAAAGUUGGGUGGGUCUCUUUGGUUUCAAUGUUGUAUUUAUGGUGCUGAUGUUGUUUGUAUCCGGUUGUAGUUCUGGUUCUGGUACUUUUUUAAUUGUGGAUUCUUGUA